CCGCCGGGGUGGCACGGAAACGAAGCCACGACGACGAUUCAUUGAACUGUCGCUGCCGCCGGCGAUCGCCGUGGUCCUCGCCGGCUUGCCCCAUCACCGCCGCCGCGCACGACUCUGCGGCAGUGGCCUCUUCAUUCUUGCCAAAGAUUCAGGUUUUUUUUUCGGUUGUUGCAUGAGACAAGAAACAGAAAUCAGUUGAGAGGUCGGGGGAACAGGUGAGCUUCCGAUCACGGUCAACUGACACGUGGACGUGAAGCACGGCGAAGGCCAAGAACGGCAAAUCGAGGGCGGGAGUGAAGUGCGCGCGCCAACCGAUCGCCAUCUCCUCCUCCUCCUCCCAUCGCCAUGGCCUACACGGAACCCCUCCUCCUCUCCGCGCGCCACACCAACCAAACCCCACCGCGCCACCUCCGCGUUGGCCCCCGCUCCCGCUCCCGCUCCCGCCACCGCCACGCCGCCGCCGCGGACGGCCAUAUGGUUGUCGCCGUGCAGGACGACGAGACCGGCGCGCUCGUCGCCGCCGAGGGAGAUGGCGAUGGCGAUGGCGAUGGCCCCCCUGUCGCCGGGCCGGACGACCACGCCGACGCGCCCGUCGUUCGCUCCGCGCGCGGCGCGUGGGAGGUGUUCACAGCGGAGUCGCGGCGCCUGUGGGCGAUCGGCGCGCCCAUCGCCUUCAACAUCGUCUGCCUCUACGGCACCAACUCCACCACGCAGAUCUUCGCCGGCCACAUCGGCAACCGCGAGCUCUCCGCCGUCGCCAUUGGCCUCACCGUCGUCUCCAACUUCUCCUUCGGCUUCCUCCUCGGCAUGGGGAGCGCGCUGGAGACGCUGUGCGGGCAGGCGUUCGGGGCGGGGCAGGUGGCCAUGCUGGGGAUCUACAUGCAGCGCUCCUGGAUCAUCCUCACCGCCUCCGCCGCGCUGCUCUCGCCGCUCUACGCCUUCGCGGCGCCCGUCCUGCGUCUCCUCGGGCAGGAGGAGUCCAUCGCCGCCGCCGCCGGGGAGUUCACGCGGCGCAUCAUCCCGCAGAUGUUCGCGCUCGCCAUCAACUUCCCCACGCAGAAGUUCCUGCAGGCGCAGAGCAAGGUGACGGUGCUCGCCUGGAUCGGCUUCACCGCGCUCCUCGCCCACGUCGUCCUCCUCGCGCUCUUCGUCUCCGCGCUCGGCUGGGGCAUCGCCGGCGCCGCCGCGGCGUACGACGUGUCGUCCUGGCUGAUCGCGCUGGCGCAGGUGGCCUACGUCGUCGGGUGGUGCCGCGACGGCUGGACGGGGCUGUCGCGCGCGGCCUUCAACGAGCUCUGGGCCUUCCUCAAGCUCUCGCUCGCCUCCGCCAUCAUGCUCUGCCUCGAGAUAUGGUACAUGAUGGUGCUCGUCGUCCUCACCGGCCACCUCGACGACGCCGAGAUCGCUGUCGACUCCAUAUCCAUCUGCAUGAACAUAAACGGAUGGGAGGGGAUGCUGUUCAUAGGCCUCAACGCGGCCAUCAGCGUCCGCGUGUCGAAUGAGCUCGGGUCGGGGCGGCCGCGGGCGACGAUGCACGCGGUGGCGGUGGUGCUGGUGCAGUCGCUGGCGCUCGGCCUGCUGGCGAUGGUGCUCAUCCUGGCGACGCGCAACCAUUUCCCGGUCAUCUUCACCGGCGACAGGCGCCUGCAGAAGGCCGUGGCCAACAUCUCCUACCUCCUCGCCGUCACCAUGGUGCUCAACAGCAUCCAGCCCGUCAUCUCAGGCGUCGCGGUCGGCGGUGGAUGGCAGGGCGUCGUGGCGUACAUCAACCUGGCCUGUUACUACGGAUUCGGCCUCCCUCUCGGCUUCAUCUUUGGCUACCUCUUCAGAUGGGGCGUGAAGGGAAUUUGGGCUGGCAUGCUGUGUGGAACGGCAAUGCAGACAGCAGUUCUCAUGUACAUGGUAUGCCAAACUGACUGGACAGCGGAGGCAGAGCAGGCGUUGGAGAGGGUGAGAUUAUGGGGCGGGCAGCACGAGCACGAGAAGCUUCCAACGUCGGAGCAGGAUGAGACGAUCUAAUUCCUUUUUACUGGUGUUGCUUUGUUAGUUCAUAGUGAGUCUGCGAGGAAUAGUAUGAGAAGAAACGAGGAGUGUCACAGUACGCUGGGAUUUUAGGCUUUAAUUCGUCUGCAGUCACAUUGUGCAUACUGUGUCUAGGACUAGGGAUAGUUGGGAUGAUAAAAAGAUUAAUACAUUCAGGCUCAGAGUGGUUUCAUAGCUGAUAUGCUUUCUGACAAAAUCAGUCAUGCUUGUUCGACCUUUGCACUGGAAUGGAACUGCUUGUUCAAUCACAGUUUGCAACGUCAGAGCAACAAAGAACGCCAUCGGUGCUUGCAAUGCACAUGCACGCCAUGGGCGUUGACACAUGCAACAGUUAUAUAGGGAAUGAACAAAAAAUGACUGAAAAAAAAAUUAAUGUCAGAAGUGGGAUUUGAACCCACGCCCUCGUUAGAGGACCAGAACUUGAGUCUGGCGCCUUAGACCACUCGGCCAUCCUGACCUAUAUGUAUUUCUAAUUUUUUUUUCUAUUAAUAAUUACUAGGAAAUGGCAGUAUU